UCCCAGCAGCAGUGAAUGCAGAGCUCUGGGAUUGGACUGGACUGGGGCUGCCCCUGGUUCCUCAUGAUAAGGGAGGCAGGGACAGUCAGAGGGAAUGGGCAGUGCUCCCGGUCUGCUACACUGGCUAACAGUGGAACACUUAGGACGGACAAGACAGCAGCAAGCCUCUGUGGGAGACAGCGACAGAGACUGACACUACCAAGGAGACGCAGAAACACUCUUGCCCCCCAAAAUCCCUAACUCUGCAGAGAGAGAGAGAGGGAGCAGAGACAAACAAAAGCAUUCUUGGCUUUCUUGAAAGAAGAAGAAGAAAAAAAACCUAACAAUACGUUGGGCGAGAUCAUUAACUUCAGAUACAAAUUCAAGGAGAUAAGCGUGACAGGACGACUUCAGUCAGCGGCCAGACUCGGGCUUAUCGUCCCUGAAACGUCUCCAAAUACAAAGUUACCCUGAGGGGUUGUAGCGCAGCACUGCAUGAAGGAUAAAAUACAUCUGGGAGAAGAAACAGGAUGAGAGCGACUAUGAGGAUCACGUGGCUGCUGUUUUCUCUCAGCUUCUUAUUUCACACUGCCCGUUCAGAGGAAGGUGGUAACAGUCAAGGAGAUCUAAAUACUACUGUGUCGAAGGGAAAUAAUUCUUCAAGUGCACCAACACUUAUGGCAAAUGACAGCUCAUUAACAGCUGCUGGCAGUGAGCUAAACACCACAACUGUAGUACCGACGACUAUUGAUGCUAGCAAGACAGGCAAAUCCGGAGAGGCAUCAAAACCCACAGAGUCAACUGCUGCGACCACCACGUCUACAAGCACAGAUAGUGCAAUUACUACAGUCACCACUAUCCAACAAUCAUCUGUUACAGGCACCUCGAAAGCUCCUCCCACUACAAUGCCCGCUUCCACUACGACCAACUCUGCUGUAGUGAAGGAUGCCACUCACGCUACCCCCAGACAAGACAAGACCACAGUUCCAGCUACAGCAGCUGACACCACCAGCAGUUUUUUGACUUCCUCCAGGGCUGACACAAAACAGUUGCCUGAAAUCUCUGCGCCCAAUCAGAACACGUCUGUCAGCCUGCCAGGACAUACUGGCAAUGUGGGGACAACCAGGUCCUCCAGUACGGCUCACACCAAGGCAGGGAUGACCCAGCAGAACAGCAUGGGCAGUACCGAGAAUAUAUCUGCGACAAGUACAAGCCACGGGCAGACAGCAUCGGCGGCCCAGGGGCCAGCAGGGACCACAAGGACCACCAGCAACCCCUCUACUCUGGCCAAGACAGAACCUCCUGCCACAAACAGCCUAGGUACCCAAUCUGGAACCAUGUCCCCACAAAACACCCUAACUCAAACAUGCAGCCCCUUGCCCACCACCACCACCACCGCCACAGCCACCGCCACCGCCACCGCCACAACCACCGCCACAGCCACCGCCACAACCACAACCACCGCCACAGCCACCGCCACAACCACCACCACAGCCACCGCCACCGCCACCGCCACCGCCACCGCCACCGCCACAACCACCACCACUACCACAGCUCAGCCAAAGACAUUUUUGUAUUCUCUAAACAGUAGACAUGAGAAAGAGGAGGAGAAAGAUCUGGCAGAGCUGUGCAGGCGACUCCUGACAAAUUUGCAAGAUGGAAACUGCACCCUGACAUGGCAGCACCGCAAUGGCAAAGUGCAAUUUGACUAUGUUGAGAUCAAUGGCAAAGUGAAAACCAGCCUGGCCACCCAGUACUAUGAGGAAAUCACCAAGAAACCAACAGAUAACAAAACCCUGAUAGCCAUCCUGGCUUCCUGUGGAGCUUUGCUCAUCAUGAUCGUCAUCCUCGCUGUUUGUGCCUCUCACCAUCGCAAGCCCUACAAUGAGAACCAGCAACACCUGACAGAGGAGCUACACACGAUAGAGAACGGUUACCAUGACAAUCCCACGCUGGAAGUGAUGGAGGUGCAGCCUGAGAUGCAGGAAAAGAAGAUGGCGCUGAAUGGAGAGUUCAACGACAGCUGGAUCGUCCCCAUUGACAACCUGCUGAAGGAGGACAUACCCGAUGAAGAGGACACUCACCUGUAGAGGACGGAGAAGAGGAAGAAGACAGUGACUGGACCAGCCUAGCUCCAUCCACACCAAAACAAACAAAAGAAUUCACACGGCCCACUCACCCUCCGCUCUUGACUCUGGGAUUCUCUACCCUGUAACCAGAGAAGACACAAAGAAAUACAUCUGAUCGAACCAACAAGCUCCCAGAUUAAUGCUGUCUGUCUGUUUGAUUUAGCUUUACGUAUUUUGGCAUGACAAAGAAGUGAGUGAAAAAAAAUCAAACCUUAGGGAAGAAACAGAUAAAACUGUACACAGUGGCCUUAGAGUCUUGAAUAUAUGUUGAAAUACACUAAAUCAAUCACUGUUGUGCCUAUAUAGUAGCUUUUAUAUGAAUAUUUGAUAAAUGCCCAAAACACUGGCAGGAUUGUACCUUUACUUUUAUCGUUCUCAUAAAAAGAGCUAAUUUGUACACAAGCACCUGUAAAUACAGUAUUUUAAUGUUAUUUUCAGCAAGUGAGGAAGAGUGGGGUAACGUGGCAGAUGGAUCACUUUGCUCUAAAAGCUGAAGAGGAAGAAGAGCAGAGAGGGAACAGCAACGUCAACUGCCUUGGCAGUUCUAGAUUUACUAACUUAGAUAGAUGACCUCAGGAUACUUCAAAUCAUCCUGAUGAUUUUCUACUGUGAGGCAGCUGUGAUUAACUGUUGCAACUGAGCAUUAAUUUUAUUCAUAACAAAAGAGAAUGUCCACAAAGGCCCUGCUUAAGGCCGAUUGGUCCAUAGAAAGAAGACAAAUGGAGGGUUUUAAUCCCCAAUGACUGUGUCCAGAAAGCCGGCUAGAGGGGAUAUACAGUAUAUAUAUAUUUUUAUAGCGUUUUCUUUUGUUUCUUGACAUAUGACCUUGACUAAAAGUUGUGACUUUCAUGUAACAGUAAUCAAGAGACAAAGCCUUUGUAAAAGUCUUUCUGUCAUUCCCCUCUGGCUCAGUCUUAUGUUUGUGGGUUUUCAGUAUUUUCCAAAUAUUUCUGCUGGUUAUAAAAACAACAGAUGAGCCAGAUUAUCUCAACCUCUUUAUUUGGAGGUACAAGUGAAGGGGAGCCAUCCUACAGCCAUUGUCAAACUAGGGUACAUUAGGUCAAAUUUGAACCAGGUGCCCUUUUCACAAAGGUGAUACGUGAAAUUCUGCUUCCACAAAGAUUUCAAACGGGAAAAGCAUUGUGUGAAAGAAUAAUAUUCGCAAGCUCAAUUCAGAAGCAAUAACACAUACCCUUGAUUACUAUGGGGUUUUGCUGCUAUAGUGGUCUGGUAUGGCCAGUAGCAUGCGGCUAACUAAGAUUUAGGUUUAAAUUUUCCACUUUUUCUGGAUGGUGAUACUUUGCUAUUUUAACAACUGCAUCAACUGAGUGUCGUUGAAAAGAAAUGUCAUAAAAAUGCAAACUCCACAGUCAGUCAAAUCUUGACCAUGAGAAUAAUACUGAAAGGAUGAUUUUUGCUUUUGGAAGCUCAUAUUGUUUAGCACUGAUAUGCCAUUAAAAGCAUACUGUGCAAGAUUUUUCAGUUGUUUUUUGUAAACACACCAAUAAGCGAUUCUGGAGAAAAACAGAUGACUGGCUCAUUACCAAGAAUAAUACCAGUACUUCAAUGAAAUGAGAGCCAUCAAUCAAAUAUAUUUCUCCAGAAUCGCUGAUACUCAGAAACAUCUCAAAGACAGCAAAAUGAUUUGACAGGGUCUCCGCACAUAUACUGAUGACGGAGUGGAAUUAUUUUUGUCCUGCAUAGUAUACCUUUAACCAAAUUGGUGCACCUAUGAAGUGAAUACUGUAAAUAGUAAAUAGUAACUGUUGUGAUGCUGGAUGGGUGGAGGCCAUUAACAUUUUAAGAUGAAUGACUAAAUAUUAAAACCCCCCCAGCAGAAUCUGAGCUCAUUUUUGUUUAUUUGUUUGUUUUCACUGUGGUGAAUUUGAUCAUUUACUUCCUUUAAACCAAUUAAGAAGUUAAUAUAUAUCUACUCACACAAGUGAAUCCAUCACCUUGGGCACUCCAAUCCAACCUUUGUCUUUUUCUUUAUGUUUGUGUGUGUGUGUGUCUAUCACUUUUAUUAUAGCUGUACCGUUUUCACCAAAGUACGUUAGCAGUAUCUUAUAUAUUUAUGGUUUGUUUGCUGCUGAAGGCAAACAACAGGGGUCUGACACACUGGAAGCUGUAAAUUGUGGAAUUGUCAUUUUGUUCUAUUGUUCCUCUUCAGAUUUGAAAAUAAAGGAAAUGUUGUUCAAUUGUG